CUAGGGUUUUGUCUCAGAUUCACUCAGGUAAUUAUUCCAUUCAAUCUAGACAAUGCACGAGCCCUAUUGCGUCAUAUUCGAAUCCUUUGGCUCGUGUACUGUCAACGAUAAAUAGAAGUCUUCCAGACAGAGGUUGUUGUGCUCAGAGUCUAUUUCAGGUUCUCAACUAUUACGGAGAUACCACACGAGUCACUUUGCGAAGAUGCUUUGUUGUCCUUCAUUGGAUCUACUUUUAAUGACCUUCAAGGCCCUGAUCAUUGCUGGUUGAAUAACAUUGAACUCAGCAAGGAUUUUUCCAGCAGAAAUGGAGUCUUCUUAGUUCUUGUUGGCACAUUUCUUGAGGAUUCUUUAAUUUCAAGUGGCAACCCUGGCUUUAUGUUUGAAAAAGUAAAAUCACUUCAGCAAAGGUAGAUUGAAUGCUGUGUGGAGGUCACUAUUAGCUUUGUAGUUUUGGAUGCUUUUAUGUUGUAUAGAGAUAUGGAUGAUUACAUUUUUGUUUUUUUUUCCUCCCCUCUCCUUCUCAUUUAUGUUUCUCUUUUAUAGGUAUCCUUUGCUCCGAGUUAUUGGCUUUCAGUCUAGCAGUUCAAAAUUUUCUGAUGUUGUUCAUACAUGUAUUGCUCAGAUAGCCAUGAAAGAAUAUAUUACUUUUCCUAUUUUAUUGUCUAACAAGGAUUUUUCUAAGGUGACAGAUAGGGCAUGUUUCAUUUUAUUUAAAGAUUUUAAAAGCCCUUUCGUUUACUAUGGGAGCGAUGUGGAUCUUGGAAUUAUUGACAAAGCUAUCAAGGAGUUAGUGCAACACAGUGAAAAUCAUGGUAUGGCAAGCAAUAUGAAAAGCACUUGGGUGAAGCCAAUUGAAAUCAUUAAAGAACCACAAGUUUGUUCUUCCUUGCGGAACUUAUUAUUUUACUACCCAGGCUGCAUUUGUGUCGAUGAAAGUGGCAACCGCUUGUUCCUCUCUGACACCAAUCACCAUCGGAUAAUAAUAUUUGAUGGCAAUGGAAAAAUUUUGGAUUGUAUUGGUUCUUCCCCAGGUUUUGAGGAUGGAGAGUUUGAAUCUGCAAAGUUGAUGCGCCCUGCAGCUUCCUUCUAUCAUGCAACUGCAAAUUGCCUUUACUUUGUGGACUCAGAAAACCAUGCUGUCAGGAGAGCUGAUUUGGAGCAAAGGGUUUUGGAGACACUCUAUCCAACGUCCAGUGGUAAUAAGAAAACUAACAGUUUCUGGAGUUGGAUUAAGAAUAUGCUAGGGAUAGAAAGAGAUGUUGAUGUGAAGCCCAGCGAUUUGGAUUCAGAAUCAUUUUUGUUUCCUUGGCAUCUGAUCAAAUCAUCGGACGAUGAUCUCUUUAUUUUUAACCGAAGCUUCCAAACCUUAUGGAUUAUGGAUAUGGCUUCAGGGGCGAUCAAAGAAGCUGUUAAAGGAUUUCCUAGGAUUUCGGAGGUCUGUGGAGAGUUAAUAUUGGAGAAAACAUCACUUUCGAAGCAAAUUCAAGGUAAUUGGCUGAAGCAGCAAGGUGAUAAUAAUGAGUUGCUUGAUUGGAUUCCUUAUGCUGAUCUUCUGCCUUCAUUAGCCACUUUCCGGGACCAUAUAGUCAUUUGUGAUACAGCUGGUCAAAGGGUGUUGAAGUUCAGGAAAGAAUCUGGUUCUAUCUCAAGCUUUCACUUCUCAAACUUUGGGAUCCUGGGGCUCCCGUAUUGGAUUUCAUCCCCAUUGGAGAGAGUUUACUCUGUUGGUGAUGCGUUGUUGGGAGUCCAUGUUGAUCACACUGAAUGUUUUAGUUUGUUGCCAGGUAGGAUUGGCAUACAGUUGAAUGUAGAUAUGCCUAAAGAUGUGGAGCUCGUUGAACCAUUACAAGAAGGUUGUGUAUGGCGCCAGGCAAGAGGCGCAGCUACUGAAAUCUCAGGAGCCGAGAGCAGAGUGGCAUCCUCAGAGAAGGUUGGUGUAUCCCAGCAGUGGUACGAUGAAUUGGACAGUCUCGCCUUUACAACCCCCGAAGUAGAGUUAAGUACUGAAGAGAACACUUCGGAUGUAAAUGACCAAGAUGAGGGAGUUUGCAUUGAUUGCGCUGUCCAGAUAAGCCCCGGAACGAGUGAGGUUAUUGUUUUUGCAUCUUUAUAUCUUAGACUGAAGAAAAGUUCAGAUUCGAGUGACGACAGCAAGGAGAAGAAAGCGGCUAGGAUAGCAGAAAUUUUGAACCCCAAGGGAACCGAGAGAAUGGGAAGAGAUCCCAUUAUUCAACUUCUAAUGAAAUCAAACAGGAACCUGGAAGAAAUAAUCUUCAUGAAACCUCUGCAUGUGAGACUAAAAUUUGAUUGUCGUGACCAUCCAAAGGCGGAUAAUUCAAAGGACAUCAUCUUGACAGACUCCUCCGUUGAGGUCAAUGUAUCUCUUGUCUGAUAAUUGUUUCCUUUCCUCAUUGUUGCUUUGCAAAAGUAAUUUUUGUAGGGUUUCGCUGAUCACAGUGAAUUGGUUGCAAAUUAUAGGCACUCGACUCGUCAUUUUGUUUC